CAGCACCCACACCCUGGAAGGCUUUCGCCCCCACGUGGACUCACGGACUGCAGUCUGAGGCUGGAGGGCUGAGCUGGGGCUUGGCGCCUCAGAGACAUCACAGCCCGCAGCCCCUGAGCCCGGUGCUCCGAGUCCCGCGCGCGUCCACGUCCUUCCCAGAACCUCUCCUCUCCGCAAUGGGCACCGGGUGGCCGCUGUUGCCACUGCUGCUGCUGCUACUGCGCCCUGUGGGCGCCGGUGCCCAGGACGAGGACGCAGACUACGAAGAGCUGAUGCUAGCCCUCCCGUCCCAGGAGGAUGGCCUGACGGAUGAGGUCCCGCAUGUGGCCACUGCCACCUUUCGCCGGUGCUCUAAGGAGGCCUGGAGGCUGCCAGGCACUUACGUGGUGGUGCUAACAGAGAAGACAGAGCGGCUGCAGAUUGAACAAGCCACCCAUCGCCUACAGAUCCGGGCUGCCCGCCGGGGCUACGUCAUCAAGGUUCUCCACAUCUUCUAUGACCUCUUCCCUGGCUUCCUGGUGAAGAUGAGCAGUGACCUGUUGGGCCUGGCCUUGCAGCUGCCUCACGUGGAGUACAUUGAGGAAGACUCCUAUGUCUUUGCCCAGAGCAUCCCUUGGAACCUGGAGCGGAUUAUGCCAGCAGGGCACCAGACAGAGGAAUACAGCUCCUCCAGUAAGGUCCCCAAUGGAAGCGGCCAGGUAGAGGUGUAUCUCUUAGACACCAGCAUCCAGAGUGACCAUCGGGAAAUUGAGGGCAGGGUCACCAUCACUGACUUCAACAGUGUGCCUGAGGAGGAUGGGUCACGCUUCCACAGACAGGCCAGCAAGUGUGACAGCCAUGGCACCCACCUGGCAGGUGUGGUCAGCGGCCGGGAUGCCGGUGUGGCCAAGGGCACCAGCCUGCACAGUCUGCGUGUGCUCAACUGUCAAGGGAAGGGCACGGUCAGCAGCACCCUCAUAGGUCUGGAAUUUAUUUGGAAAAGCCAGCUAACCCAGCCUUCGGGGCCAUUGGUGGUGCUGCUGCCCCUGGCGGGUGGGUAUAGCCGGAUCCUCAACACCGCUUGCCAGCACCUGGCAAGGACUGGGGCCGUGCUGGUUGCUGCAGCUGGCAACUUCCGGGAUGAUGCCUGCCUCUACUCCCCAGCUUCCACCCCAGAGGUCAUCACAGUUGGGGCCACCAAUGUCCAGGACCAGCCAGUCACCCUGGGGACCUUGGGGACCAACUUUGGACGCUGCGUUGACCUCUUUGCUCCCGGGAAGGACAUCGUUGGUGCUUCCAGUGACUGCAGCACAUGCUUCACGUCACAGAGCGGGACAUCACAGGCUGCUGCUCAUGUGGCUGGCAUCGUAGCCAGGAUGCUGACCCUGGAGCCGGAGCUCACCUUGGCUGAGCUGCGGCAGAGGUUGAUCCACUUCUCCACCAAAGAUGUCAUCAACAUGGCCUGGUUCCCUGAGGACCAGCGGGUGCUGACCCCCAACCUGGUGGCCACACUGCCCCCCAGCACUCAUGAGACAGCAUCCCAAGACCUUGCUCAUCUAGGACUUGUUGCAGGCGGGCAGCUGCUCUGCCGGACGGUGUGGUCGGCACACUCGGGGCCCACACGGACGGCAACUGCUGCAGCCCACUGUGCCCCAGAAGAGGAGCUGCUGAGCUGUUCGAGCUUCUCCAGGAGCGGGAGGCGACGGGGCGAUCGGAUAGAGACCACAGGGGGCCAGCAGGUCUGCAAGGCCCUCAAUGCAUUUGGGGGUGAGGGUAUCUACGCUGUUGCUAGGUGCUGCCUGCUUCCCCGUGCCAACUGUAGCAUCUACACUACCCCUGCUGCCAGAGCUAGCCUGGAGACCCAUGUCCACUGCCACCGGAAGGACCAUGUACUCACAGGCUGCAGCUUCCACUGGGAGGUGGAAGACACCGGUGUCCUGCGGCAGGCUGUGCUGAGGUCCAGACAUCGGCCUGGCCAGUGUGUUGGCCACCAGGAGGCCAGCGUCCAUGCUUCCUGUUGCCAUGCCCCAGGCCUGGAGUGCAAAAUCAAGGAGCAUGGGAUCUCAGGUCCUGCAGAGCAGGUCACUGUGGCCUGUGAGGCAGGCUGGACCCUGACUGGAUGCAAUGUUCUCCCUGGGAAAUCCAUCACUCUGGGGGCCUAUGCCGUGGACAACACAUGUGUGGCAAAGAUUCGUGACACUGAUCCAGCAGGCAGGACCAGCAAGGAAGCCACAGUAGCCGCUGCCAUCUGCUGCCGUAGUCGGCCUUCAGCCAAGGCUUCGUAGGCUCACCAGUGACAGUCUCAGGCAGGGAGGGUGCCUGCCGCUGGGUGCAGAUACACCUGCCUGGCUCUCCUGUGGCUGGCCACGGGUGGAGAGAAUCUGUCUGGGAGAACUUGGUGUCUCACCCUGGAUACCCCUUCCUGGUGUACCUGUAGGGAAGCCCCUCCCUCAAUGUGGGGCCUGUGCUUGGCACUCUGCCAUCAGAGGUUGUGGUUGGCUCUGGCCAGCUGCUUUAGUUACCAGAGCCAGUAGGCACUUGCUGCAAGGGUUGAAUUCAGUCCUCAGGCCUCCAGGGUAUAUUUAUCCUGUGGGAAGGUAAUGAGGGAGACCCUUGGAGGUUCAGGGACCAAGUGCCAGACUGGGGAAUUGAGUGUGAGUUGCUGAGACCCCUUACAGCCUGCUCACAUUGGAGAUACUAUUUUGGGAUCCCUGAUUAAAUUCGGAUCAGUUCUGCACAUAUCUAGGGGCGAUGAAGAAAUCUAGCCAGUCGUGGAUCCAACUGUGAGGCCAUGGACAUCUUCCAGAUGUCAUCAUCUGUUGUACCCCAGGCUUUGGCCCUGCUCAGGCUAACUGGCUGUAAGCUCCCAGCUGACUUUGCACUUGAGAGCCAUAGGGUGCUUACCCCACCUCACCCCAUCCCCACUACUACCCCGCACAGGAAAGACCGGCAGUCUUGCUUUGUGGAGGAAGAAGACAGGACCAGGGAGGGGAGUGCCUGGUGAUGUCACACAGCCAGUGGUGUCAGGACAUAAAUCCAGAGUGGCUGGCCCUGAAGCUAUGCCUCUUGGGAGUACCAGGCUGGGCACCCUAUUUCUGAAACAAAUGAGACAACAGGACAGUCUGUGCUUCAGCAGUUUGUCCUUAGACUGCUCCGUAGGACACAGGCCCUUCCCAUGGCUACCACAGCCCCUACUCACAUGGACUGUGAGGAGAAUGACUAUGCCAAGGCCACACAAGAUGACAAGACCACCUCCAUCCUCUCAGCUUCUUCUGCCUUUUUAUAGUAAGCUUUCCCUACUCAUGUUGCUUUUGUAACUUGAUAUUUAUUCCGGGUUUUGUAGAGUUUUUAUUACGUGGUGAGUUUUCAGAAUAAAAGCAGUUGAUGUGACUACCUGCACCCGACUGUCUAAGGGACUGCCUGCUUACCAAGUGCAACCAUCUGCUGGGUGCUGGUGUGCACAGGCCUGUAAUGGGAACGCUCUCCUUGUGACCAUUCUAGGAACGCAGUAACUGUCUUCCCGUAGCCUCCUGACUCCUCAGAGUUCUGGUACUUUGUCUUGGAGAACCUGGUUCCCUUGGGCAUUCUAGAUUCUUGUGGCUCCUGCCCACCAGCAUGCCCAGUUCCCAACACCUCAUCCAUCUCUACCCAGUGAAGGUACAGGGGGCAGCAGAGUAUAUGGACUCAUUCGCUCCCAAGUCUGUGGGUGUUUCUCAGGCAGACCAUGGCUGCUCCUGAUCUGAAGUGAAGCAUGCUCUCAGAUCUCUUCCCAGUGUGCAAUGUGCAAACAUCGCCCUCAUCCAGUGAUAUCUCUUGAUAUCACGGUCUUAAGCAAAGUCUACGUCUAUAUAGCAAACGGAUCUGCCAAAAAUCUCCCAAUUGUUUUCUGAACUUUAGUGUCAUGUGUGGAAAGCACUCUAGUUGACGGAUGCUAAUGGCUCAAAUGUCAGAAUGGUGUUUUGGCACCAGAGCCACUGGUACUUGUGCUUUCAGCCCAGCUGAGAUCUCUGCUGUCCCCUACAUGGCAAAGGACCAUAUGCUGGUUGGUCAGAGAGCCACACGUGGACAGAUGGUUGGCAGGUAUUCACCAAGGAUUGGGAGGAAGGGCUUGGCCUGCAGGGAGUGGAAGAUGUAGCACUAAGGGGAUGGGACCCAUGUGAACAAUGUAGGCCACCAGGAAUGACUGACCAGAGCAGGAAACUUAGCUUGAGACUCCUGAAAGCUGAGGCUACAGGUCCUGAGCCCAUGAUUGCUUUCCCUGUCCAAGUGGUGCACAGAGAUCUUGGAAAGAAAGAUCAGCGAAGGCCGGGAGGAC